AAUACAAGGAAGGAAAAGUGAAUAUAUAUUUGGCCUGCUCUAUACUUGUUUGAUUGCAGGUAUAAUGCAAUGGCUGUGCGAUCACUCGAUGCAGGAGUUAUUGAUGCCUCUUCUCUUCUGCCCUUCUAGGCAGUGUGAUGUGAGCUUCCUGAUUCCCAAAGCAGCACUGAUGUGUCUUGUUCUCCUCCUUUCUUCUCUUUGCCUUUCCCAUGCAGUGCAAGUAUCAGCAGUAGAGGUCCACACCCCGGAGGAGAUGUUUGUGGAGAACGGGACGGACGCAAAGCUCCCGUGCACGUUCACAUCUGUAGAAGUGAUCAGCAGUGCAGCAUCUGUCUCCUGGAGCUUUCAACCAGAGGGAGCAGCCACUCGUAUCUCAUUUUUCUAUUACUCUAAUGGGAAGUCAUACCCUGGAAAGGACAUACCAUUUAAAGACAGGAUCACUUGGGCUGGAGAUCUUAACAAGAAAGAUGCUUCUAUCAUUAUAUCAAACAUGCAGUUCCGGGACAACGGCACGUACAUUUGUGAUGUCAAGAACCCACCUGACAUUGUUGUCAAACCAGGAGAAAUCCGAGUUAGAGUUGUGGAGAAAGACAGCCUGCCUGCGUUCCCCAUUGCCACGGUGGCAGGGAUAGCCAUCGGUACGGUUACGGGUCUCACAUCGCUCAUCUCUAUUGUCGUGUGUCUUGUCAUCAGAAAGAACAACUCUAAAAAACGAUACUCUGGCUGCAGUACCUCUGAGAGCUUGAUGUCUCCGGUUAAGCAGGCUCCGCAGAAGGCGCCCUCCGACACAGAGGGGCUGGUAAACAGCGUGCCCGCCAGAUCACACCAGGGCCCAGUCAUUUACGCGCAGUUAGAUCACUCCGGGGGACAGCACAGCGACAAGAUCAACAAGUCAGAGUCUGUGGUCUACGCCGACAUUCGGAAGAACUGAGAUCCUCAGCUAUCCAAAGGACAACACACAUUCAGACUGGAAUUGCUUGAGCAAGAUUUGACCCAGAGAACUCACAUGUGGCCUUUGAUGCCUAGGCUAGGACCAAUGCAUGUGCAUACAGAGGGAGAGAUAUAUAUGUAUUGUGUGUAAAUAGUCUAUUUAAUCGUACAGAAGUGAGACCAAUGUUGCAUGUUGAAAUGCGGUAAGAAUUUUGCUUAUAAAUUGCCAAUAUUA